AUGGUCACAUUGAAGUCUUUCUUGUCUGUGCUCUCACUGGGCCUGCUUGGUACUGCCCAAGCAUACAGCCGUGGCGAGUGCCAGUAUCCGACACAGAAUCCAAUUCAAGGCUGUCCCCAAGGAACCCUUCUCGUUGGACCCAAUGCAAAGUUCACUAGCAUCCAGUCUGCUGUGCUUUCCAUACCAAACAACACAGUGCCAUACUACAUUCUUGUCCUUCCAGGCAACUAUACUGAACAAGUCAAUGUCACUCGCCCAGGACCCUUGACUCUGCUCGCUCAAACCAAAUACCCCAACGACAACACCAAGAACAUAGUCAAUGUGAUCUGGCACAAUGCUACUGGAACACCUAGCACAGGAAGCUAUGACAAUGCAUACACAUCCACUCUCACAGUAGCGCCGACUUUCAACAGUAGUCUGACUGGCAGCGGACCCACUGGCAACCACGUACCAGACGGGACACCAUUCGGCAACACAGACUUCAGAGCUUACAAUCUCAACUUCAUCAAUGACUACCUGCCAUACUCUGCCGGACCUAGUCUGGCCCUAAGUGUCAGCUAUGCAAAUGCCGGAUUCUACUAUUGUGGCUUUUACAGCUAUCAAGAUACCGUCUACAUUGGAAAGCUAGGAAACACAUACAUGCACAACAGCACCAUAGCUGGACAAACAGACUUCCUGUAUGGUUUCGGCACUUUAUGGAUUCAAUCCUCACUUCUAUCUCUUCGCAACUGCGGUGGCGGCAUCACAGCAUGGAAAGGCACAAACACCACUUUUGAAAACCACUACGGCGUUUACAUACACGAUUCUUCUGUUCGUGCUGCAAACAGUUCUCUCGAUAUCGUUGGACAGUGUGCUCUUGGAAGGCCUUGGAACGCUGGCCACAGAAGCAUUUUCGCAAACACAUAUCUGGAUGACUCGAUUAUGCCGGGAGGAUAUAUCAAAUGGAGUGCGACUGACCCAAGGAUUGGGGCUAAUACGACGAUGGCGGAGUAUAAGGACUAUGGGCCUGGGUGGAAUGCUACUGGCAGAGCGGAGGCUAAUAUUACGCUUGUCAUGACGGAUGCACAGUAUGCUCCUUACAGUACUCCGGAAAAGGUGUUCCAGUAUCCAUUCUCGGGGAAGUUUGGAAAUACCAAAUGGAUUGAUAGGAAGCCGCAGGUGCAUGGAAACUGA